AAGCAAAACAAAAUGCAAUAAAUUGAAUAUAACUCGCGCAAAUGUCAAGACUGUGAAUGGCACACAAACAGUUUUACGGCUUAUUUUGCGUUUGUGUUUCACGCUUGUUGUUUAAUAAAAAAGAAUUUCCAUUCUGAACUAAAGUAUAAUAACGACUAAAGUGUAUUAAAAUCCUAACAUACAAGAUGUUAGAAAAUACUUAUCCUAAUUUAGAGAAGUUGUGUAGAUUAUGCUUGAAGGUGAACGGAGCCAUUUACAGCAUACAUCCAACCAAUGAUGCCACAACAAAUAUGUCAAUUCCAAUGCGUAUUAUGGCUUGCACUUCUUUGGAAGUCCAAAGAAAUGAUGAUUUACCAAAAUACAUCUGUGCUGAAUGCCGUUAUCAAUUGGAGAAAUCCUAUUUACUACGAAAACGUUCGCAAGCAACGGACUCCAAGCUGCGAAAACAUCUGCGCUUAAUUAAUUCGGGUAGGAUCAGCCAGUGCUUCAUAAAAACCGACGAUGAUGACGAGGACGAAAUUGAAUUUGAAGAUUCAUUAAAUUUUAUAAAACAAAUUGAUCAUUUAAAAUUAAAAGCUGAAGACGAGAGAAGGGCAAAUUUAGUGGAAAAAGAUGUUGUGAAGAAAUUAUCGCAAUAUAAAAAAGAAAUAUAUGAAACAUGCAAAUCGGAAUUGCGAGACGAGGUAAAGGGUGAAGUUAAGCGGGAAAUAAUUGAUGAAGUUCUUGAUCAACUUAGAUAUGACUUGCGCAAGGAGGUAGAGAAGGAAUUACGUAAAACUCUAUUACCGGAGUGUAAAGCGUUGGUUAAAAACGAAAUUCAACAAGAAUGUAGAGAACAAGAACGUAAGGAACUGCUGGGUGAAUUAGAAGUAUUUAUUAGUAAUAAACGCUUGGGCAAAGACAAUGAACCAAAUACAAACACUGAUUUUGUACCUUAUAAAAGACUUAAUCCAAAGAGAAAUGCUAAAGAGGCAAAUGAUAUUUCGGAAAAAACUAUGGUGAAGGCACGACUUCCCAAGCGUUCAUUUAUUGAACAAAAUGCAGCAAAGUCAAACAAUAAAAUGAAAAUAUUGGAAAAGUUUAAAGUGGAGGAAUCACAUUCAAGCGAUGAUAAAGCAACGCCUUUUUUGAUUAUAACAGAGAAUGAUGACAAAAUGUCAGAUGACGAUGAUUCCGAGUCGAAUUUUUUUAUAUAUGAACCUCAUGAUAGCAACGACGAAGAAAUGUUGGGAGAUAAUGAAAAAAUGUUGGAAAAUAAUUUAGAAACUGAGAAUUUCGAGGAAGUAAAUACUGACAAUAUCAUUGAAGAAAAUUCUUAUGACGAAACUGAAAAUGAAAAUAUUCCGUUGUUAUGCUCUGAGGAUGAUGAUAUCAAUGAAGACGAUGAUAAGGUGGGAGUUUACAAAAUUUUUAAAAUGGAUGAUAUUAUUGAAUUCCAAAACGUAGAUAAUAUUCCAGAUAUCAAGAAUAAAUCAAAUAAAACUUACAAAAAGGCUACAUUAGUCAAUUCUGUUCAAAAAGUUGAAAUUAAAGAAACGAAAACCACAACUUCGGCAAUUAUUCUAAAGACUUUUGAGCAUAACGGUUCUCCAGAUAUACCAAAAACAUUUAAAUGUAAAUCCUGCCCAAUGGCAUUUUCUACUGAAUACGGAUUAAAUAUUCAUAUGAAAACGCAUAGUAAAAUUCUAGAAAAGGGCGUUUCAUACAAAUGCAGUGUUUGUCAUGUUAUUUUCUCAUGCAAAAGUGUUUUGACCCGACAUUUUCGCAUUCAUACCGGUGAUCGUCCACAUAAGUGUGAGAUAUGUGGAAAAUCUUUUGUACAACGUGAAGUUUUGACACGUCAUAUGUAUGUGCAUUCCGGUGAGCGAAAGCAUCAAUGCACACAAUGCGAUCGAUCGUUCAUACAAAAAAUUUGUUUAACUCAACAUAUUAAAAAAGUUCAUUCAGCAGUGCCUCAUAUCCAAUACUACAAUUGUCAUUUGUGUCCAAAACGUUUUAACUAUGCCUCCGGACUAAGUCGGCAUUUGGGCACUCAUUCCGGACUCAUUUUUCAAUGUACACAAUGUGAUCGUAAAUUCUCGGAUCAUUCUUCUGUUAAACGACACGUUCAAACUGUACAUGGAGAGCCGAAACCCUUGAAAGAAGAGACAGAAUCAAUAGAAGUGCAAAUUAAUUGCAAUGAUGAUAUCUUGGACUUAUCUAAUUUAUGUAUGCUACUGCCUUCACCGCCGCCACUAUCAAUGGAUAGUAUUUCUGCAGUUUCACUAGCAAGCAACUCAUGUGGUUUAGGCAUUGCACAAACAAAACGUUUCUCUACAUAUUUCGCCUUAAUCCAAGCCUCUCUUACGCUGAUUUCACAGUUCUCUGUCGGCACUUUCAGUUCACAGUGUUCACCAAUACGUGCUUCAUAUAUACGAUUAAUAACAUCAUUACCCAACUCCAUCAUGACUUUCACAUUUUCCGUCUCCCAAGCAUCCAACCGACUAAAGUGUAUUAAAAUCCUAACAUACAAGAUGUUAGAAAAUACUUAUCCUAAUUUAGAGAAGUUGUGUAGAUUAUGCUUGAAGGUGAACGGAGCCAUUUACAGCAUACAUCCAACCAAUGAUGCCACAACAAAUAUGUCAAUUCCAAUGCGUAUUAUGGCUUGCACUUCUUUGGAAGUCCAAAGAAAUGAUGAUUUACCAAAAUACAUCUGUGCUGAAUGCCGUUAUCAAUUGGAGAAAUCCUAUUUACUACGAAAACGUUCGCAAGCAACGGACUCCAAGCUGCGAAAACAUCUGCGCUUAAUUAAUUCGGGUAGGAUCAGCCAGUGCUUCAUAAAAACCGACGAUGAUGACGAGGACGAAAUUGAAUUUGAAGAUUCAUUAAAUUUUAUAAAACAAAUUGAUCAUUUAAAAUUAAAAGCUGAAGACGAGAGAAGGGCAAAUUUAGUGGAAAAAGAUGUUGUGAAGAAAUUAUCGCAAUAUAAAAAAGAAAUAUAUGAAACAUGCAAAUCGGAAUUGCGAGACGAGGUAAAGGGUGAAGUUAAGCGGGAAAUAAUUGAUGAAGUUCUUGAUCAACUUAGAUAUGACUUGCGCAAGGAGGUAGAGAAGGAAUUACGUAAAACUCUAUUACCGGAGUGUAAAGCGUUGGUUAAAAACGAAAUUCAACAAGAAUGUAGAGAACAAGAACGUAAGGAACUGCUGGGUGAAUUAGAAGUAUUUAUUAGUAAUAAACGCUUGGGCAAAGACAAUGAACCAAAUACAAACACUGAUUUUGUACCUUAUAAAAGACUUAAUCCAAAGAGAAAUGCUAAAGAGGCAAAUGAUAUUUCGGAAAAAACUAUGGUGAAGGCACGACUUCCCAAGCGUUCAUUUAUUGAACAAAAUGCAGCAAAGUCAAACAAUAAAAUGAAAAUAUUGGAAAAGUUUAAAGUGGAGGAAUCACAUUCAAGCGAUGAUAAAGCAACGCCUUUUUUGAUUAUAACAGAGAAUGAUGACAAAAUGUCAGAUGACGAUGAUUCCGAGUCGAAUUUUUUUAUAUAUGAACCUCAUGAUAGCAACGACGAAGAAAUGUUGGGAGAUAAUGAAAAAAUGUUGGAAAAUAAUUUAGAAACUGAGAAUUUCGAGGAAGUAAAUACUGACAAUAUCAUUGAAGAAAAUUCUUAUGACGAAACUGAAAAUGAAAAUAUUCCGUUGUUAUGCUCUGAGGAUGAUGAUAUCAAUGAAGACGAUGAUAAGGUGGGAGUUUACAAAAUUUUUAAAAUGGAUGAUAUUAUUGAAUUCCAAAACGUAGAUAAUAUUCCAGAUAUCAAGAAUAAAUCAAAUAAAACUUACAAAAAGGCUACAUUAGUCAAUUCUGUUCAAAAAGUUGAAAUUAAAGAAACGAAAACCACAACUUCGGCAAUUAUUCUAAAGACUUUUGAGCAUAACGGUUCUCCAGAUAUACCAAAAACAUUUAAAUGUAAAUCCUGCCCAAUGGCAUUUUCUACUGAAUACGGAUUAAAUAUUCAUAUGAAAACGCAUAGUAAAAUUCUAGAAAAGGGCGUUUCAUACAAAUGCAGUGUUUGUCAUGUUAUUUUCUCAUGCAAAAGUGUUUUGACCCGACAUUUUCGCAUUCAUACCGGUGAUCGUCCACAUAAGUGUGAGAUAUGUGGAAAAUCUUUUGUACAACGUGAAGUUUUGACACGUCAUAUGUAUGUGCAUUCCGGUGAGCGAAAGCAUCAAUGCACACAAUGCGAUCGAUCGUUCAUACAAAAAAUUUGUUUAACUCAACAUAUUAAAAAAGUUCAUUCAGCAGUGCCUCAUAUCCAAUACUACAAUUGUCAUUUGUGUCCAAAACGUUUUAACUAUGCCUCCGGACUAAGUCGGCAUUUGGGCACUCAUUCCGGACUCAUUUUUCAAUGUACACAAUGUGAUCGUAAAUUCUCGGAUCAUUCUUCUGUUAAACGACACGUUGAAACUGUACAUGGAGAGCCGAAACCCUUGAAAGAAGAAACAGAAUCAAUAGAAGUGCAAAUUAAUUGCAAUGAUGAUAUCUUGGACUGAAAUUAAUAAUCAUUAAUAAUUAUAAAUAACUUAUAAAUAUGUAUAUUACGAAAUUAACACGUUUCUCUGAAAUCUGAAUUAUAAUUAUGUAAAUAAAAAU